UCCGGGUCGUGUUUGGCGCGAAAAUGGAAGUAGGACUUUAACCUCAAGCAAGCGAAAUGCUGAGUUGACACACCUUAUCGGUCUAAGGAUUUACUAAAUCCAAACACAAAGGUGAGCUAAUACAUACACAUUUACUUUAGAAGUUCAUACUGGUUUCCUUAAUUGGUAUCCAGUGCCGACAGCCUGCAGGAAUGUCCCGGGUGCUGAACUGUAUCGUGGCCGUGUGUCCGGACGGGGGCAUCGGCUAUAAAGGAGAUCUCCCGUGGCACCCCACUAGACUCAACAACGAGUUCAAACAUUUCCGCCGGUUGACGGUAACGAGGACUCCUGGUGCGGAGGACAAGCAGAACGUGGUCAUCAUGGGCCGAAAGACUUGGAACUCCAUCCCGGAGAAGAACCGACCGCUUAACGACAGAAUAAACAUCGUUCUGAGUCGGCAGCUGGAGGCCCCGCCGUCUGGAGCUCACCACCUGGCUCGGGACCUGCCCUCUGCCCUCCGCCUCCUGGACGGCCCGGAGGGUCUGCUGGCCGACCAGGUGUGGUUGAUUGGCGGCAGCUCUAUGUACUCGGAGGUGAUGGAGACCCCGUGCCCCCGGAGGUUGUUCGUCACGCGGAUCCUAAAGCAGUUCCCGAGUGACACGUUCUUCCCUGACAUCAGCCCGGCCCAGUUCCGGCUGCUGCCAGAGUAUCCCGGGGUGUCGUCGGAGCUGCAGGAGGAGAACGGCAUCCAGUACCGCUUCCAGGUGUACCAGAGUGUCGAUCCAUGAGCCGAUCAAUGGCCAGGCCUGUCGCAGUCGAGGACCCGCGGGUCCCAAUAGCGACCCGCUGGUGUCAUGAUGGAGCUCUGGAUGUUGCGUCGUCGUGGUUUGAUUUGAUCACUGUACGGACAAGGUGUCUCUCCACACACUAAAUUAUAAGUGUGUGGAUAAGUCGAUUUAAACCUUAGAUUUUCUGAUGACUACAGCAGAUGGCGCUAGAGUACAAUCGUUUUCAUUAUUGUGAAACUAGUAAACUAUAAUUUUCUCCGUGAUCAAUGAUGUCAUCAGUAGCCUAUCUGAAUCUUGUAAUGUCAUUUUAUUCUGAGUAUAAUUAGACUCAUCUUCUUGGUGGGUUAUUAUUAAAUUAUAGACAAUUUGU